UCUACACCAACACCCACCAGUUUUACACUGACACCCACCACCUCUACACCAACACCCACUUCUACACCAACACCCACCUCUACACCAACACCCACCAUUUCUACACCAACACCGACCUCUACACCAGCACCCACCACUUCUACACCAACACCCACUACUUCUACACCAACACCCACCACUUCUACACCGACACCCACCUCUACACCGACACCCACCAUUUCUACACCAACACCCACCACCUCUACACCGACACCCACCUCUACACUGACACCCACCUCUACACUGACACCCACCAUUUCUACACCAACACCCACCACCUCUACACCAACACCCACCUCUACACGAACAACCACUUCUACACCAACAUUCACAUCUGCUCUGACCACCACAUCUACAGCGACCACCACUCGAACGACUACUGCCACCACGACCUCCACCAGCACCAUACCUGCAGUGGUCUGCCAGAAUGGAGGCACCUAUGAUGGUAUCAAGUGCCGCUGCCUCUCUGACUUCUACGGCCCCGUGUGCGAGUACUCCAGUGAAUCCAUCAGCACCGACAUCCCCAUCGAGGGGACGAUCGUGGCCAACGUGGAGCUGGUGGUGACCGUCACCAACUUCAACUACACGGAGGAGCUGAACGACCCCCGCUCGGAGGCCUAUGAGAGCUUUGAGAAGCAAUUCCGGCAAGAUAUGGCCAAGAUCUACGGCUCCAUGCCUGGCUACCAGGGCGUGAAGAUCCUCAGCAUCAGGCCAGCGGCUUCCAGCAGGCGGGGAGCCCGGGUGCGCAGAGCCUCCGCGACCCUCCCCGAGGGCACCGGCCUCGAUGUGGACCACGAGGUCAUCUUCAGCACCGUUGCCAGCCCCGACCUGAGCGAGGAGUUCCAGAACAAGACGCAGGAGAUGGUGCAGAAGCUUAAGGAGACUGCUGAAAGCCAGGGCAACUGCACGCACGACACCUCUGUCGUCUGCCUUUCUGUGUUGGACAACCCCGUCGUCAAGGACAUGACGAAGUCCCCUUCAUUUGAUGCACUGUGCCAGCAGAGGGCCCCCAUCGGCUACCAGGACUACUACUACGCGAUGAACGUGAGCAACACCCUCCACUGCGUCACCAACUGCACGGCCAACACGCCCGGCACCAUCAACUGCAACUAUGGCGAGUGCCACGUCACCCGUGCCGGGCCACAGUGCUUCUGCCAGGAUGAAUCUCUCUACUGGUACACGGGCAGCCGGUGCUCUGGGCGCGUCAGCAAGGUGUCCACGGGGCUGGGGGUGGCGGUCACGGUGCUGCUCAUUGCCUGCAUCACCCUUACUGUGCUGCUGGUGAUAAGGACGAAGGGCAGGAAGAGGAACACUUCGGCCACCGUUGACGAGAACUGGUACGAGGACGAUGGCAGCAGCUGGACAGCAUCCGAAGGCUUCGUCCUCAAGAACAAAAAUGCCACUGACCCAGGCGGCAGCCUACGGAGCUUCACAGCCUCACUGGAACGGGUGAACACCGACAUCCCGAUGCAGAUCACCAGACCCUCACUGCGACCCCAGUUGUGACCCAGGUCUUCGCUGGCCACCAGCACUUCCAGGACCUUCUCAAUGACGCUCAUUCCAAGGACUAUGCUGCCUCCUCCUCACCUCGGUGCCCCCCAGAACUUCCAGGACCUUCUCAACGACGCUGAUUCCAAUAUCAUCGUUGGCUCCUCCUCACCUCAUUGCCCACCAGGACCUCCAGGAUUUUCUCAACAACACUGAUUCCAAGGACUAUGCUGCCUCCUUGUCACCUUGGUGCCCACCAGCACUUCCAGGACCUUCUCAACGACUCUGCUUCCAAGGUCAUUGUUGGCUCCUGCUCACUGCAGUGCCCACGGGAGUAAUCUAGGAAGAAGCAAAUGGAGCUGGGAACAAUUUGGGAAGACUCGGCCAGGAAUCAACCUGGGGAGACCCAACCAUGUCUGGAAAUGCUCCUGGAAGACCCAACCAUGCCUCAAAAUGGUCUCAGAAGACCCAACUGUGUCUGGAAAUGCUCUUGGAAGACCCAACUGUGGCUGGAAAUGCUCUUUGAACGCCCAGCCAUGGCUGGAGGCAAUCUGAAGGAUCCUGGUGGAGCCGGAAGCGGCCCAGCAGUGACUGGAAAUGGGCUUGGCAGGAGCCGGGCGCGUUUAUUUAUUUGCUCAGUGAGAAGGAAGAAAACCUCUGUUUGCAGAUCCUGGCAGUGGGGGGCGGGACUCCCGGCCAGCACCUGGCCAUCCCACUUAGGGAUGGGCAAUCCCAAUAAAAAUUCUGUGCAUCCCAAUAAAAA